AGAACGGGGCGGGGGCGGAGGGGCCAGCGCCAGGGAGAGCCGGUACGUCUUUAAACGUCUGCCGGCUGCUUAGUCACAGCCCCCUCGCUUGGGUGUGUCCUCUGCUCGCUCCCUCCCUCUUAGGUCACUCUCGGCCCUCGAAUAAAAACUGCACCCAACUUCCGAGGCGCCCUCAUUGCCAGCCGGACCCCAGCCUCCGACAGGUUCGGGCGCCCUCCUCCGCCCAGCGCUCCGGCCCCCGCCCAGCGCCCCAGCUCCACUCGCUUGCUCUCUCGGUCUCUCCGACGCCAUGGACACGUUUUGGUGGCGCGCAGCCUGGGGACUCUGCCUCGUGCAGCUGAGCUUGGAGGUGCAGAUUGAUCUGAAUAUAACCUGCCGCUACGCAGGUGUGUUCCACGUGGAGAAAAAUGGUCGCUACAGCAUCUCGAAGACUGAGGCUGCUGACCUCUGCAAGGCCUUCAACAGCACGCUGCCCACCAUGGCCCAGAUGGAGGCAGCCCGGAACAAAGGGUUUGAGACCUGCAGGUAUGGGUUCAUAGACGGGCACGUGGUGAUCCCCCGGAUCCACCCCAAUUCCAUCUGUGCUGCCAAUAACACAGGGGUGUACGUCCUCACAUCCAAUACCUCCCAGUACGACACGUAUUGCUUCAAUGCUUCAGCUCCACCUGGAGAAGAUUGUACGUCAGUCACAGAGCUGCCCAGUGCCUUUGAAGGACAAGUUACCAUCACCAUCGUUAACCGUGACGGCACCCGCUACAGCCAGAAAGGGGAAUACAGAAGGAACCCCGAGGACAUCAACCCCAGCAACACGCUCGACGAUGACGUGAGCAGUGGCUCCAGCGAAAGAAGCACUUCCGGGGGUUACAGUAUCUUCCACACUCACCUUCCAACUGCACACCCGACCCAAGACCAAGGCAGUCCCCCGGUCUCUAGCAACCCGGAGAACACCGCUGCUACCAUUACUUCAACUGUGCACUCAAACAGUCAUGCAGCCGCUCAGGAGCAAAAUAAUUGGAUAUGGUCCCGGUAUGGUAACUCACGGCUUAAGACUCAGGAUCAGACAACAGCAACGACAGCUCUGAUGAUCACUAGUGGUACAACUUCCAAAACAGCAACCGAGAGGCAAGAAGCCCAGGACUGGUUUUCAUGGUGGUUUCAGCCAUCAGAUUCCAAGAGUCAUCUUGACACAACAACAGUAACGGCUGCUCAGCCACUAACGCAAGUCACCACAACAGGUACGGAUUCAAAUAUCAUCUCAGCAGGCUGGGAGCCAACUGAAGAAAAUGAAGAUGAAAGAGACAAACAGCCCAGUUAUUCUGGAUCAGGCAUUGAUGAUGAUGAAGAUUUUCUCUCCAGCACCAUUUCAACUACACCCUGGGUUUUUAACCACCCACAACAGAACCAGGAUUGGACCCAAUGGAGCCCAGGCCAUUCAAAUCCAGAAGUAUCGCUUCAGACAACCACAAGGAUGACUGAUGUGGACAGAAGUAGCACCAGUGCUUAUGGAGAAAAGUGGACCCAGACGCCACACUCGUCUUUGAGUCACCAUGAUGAAGAGGAGACCCAGCAUUCUACAGGCACACCCUGGGCAACCCCUAGUAGUACAACAGAAGAAACAGCUAUCCAGAAAGAGCAGUGGCUCGAGAAUGAACGGCCUGGGGAAUAUCCCCAAACACCAAAGGAAGACUCUCAUUCAACAGCAGGGACAGCUGUCACAACAGCUUCAGCCCAUGACAGCCAUCCAAAUCAAAGAGUGACCACACAGCAUCAAGAGGACAGUUCCUGGACUUAUAUCUUGGACCCAAUCUCACAUCCAAUGGAACGAGGUCAUCAAACAGAAAGAAGGAUGGAUAUGGACACCAGCCAUAGUACAACGCUUCAGCCUUCUGCAGAUCCAAACACAGGUUUGGUGGAAGACUUGGACAGGACAGGACCUCUUUCAAUGACAACUCAGUGGAGUGAUACUCUGAGCUUCUCUACAUCACACGGAGGCUUGGAAGAAGAUAAAGAGCACCCGACGACUUCUGCUCCAACAUCUAGCAAUAGGAAUGAUGGCAGAGGUGGAAGAAGAGGUGGAAAUCUUCCUGACGACUCAGCCACUUCAGUGGAAGGUUAUACUCCUCAUUCUCCAGACACAAAUGAAUACACAACCCUCCUCCCAGUGACCCCUACUGAGCCUGAGUCCCCUGGAGUUACCGGAGUUACUGUUCUUGGAGAUUUCACCUCUAAUCUUGAUCAUUCCUUAUCAGAUGACCAAGUCUCACCGGUUGACUCCAGCGAGAGGUCUCAUACCACUGACGGAUCUGAAUCAGCUGGACACUCAAGUGGGAGUCAAGAAGGCGGGGCAAACACCACCUCGGGUCCUAUACGGAAACCUCAAAUUCCAGAGUGGCUGAUCAUCUUGGCAUCCCUCCUGGCCCUGGCUUUGAUCCUCGCGGUGUGCAUCGCGGUCAACAGUCGGAGAAGGUGUGGGCAGAAGAAAAAACUGGUGAUUAACAAUGGCAACGGAGCUAUGGAGGAGAGAAAGUCGAGUGGACUCAACGGAGAAGCUAGCAAGUCUCAGGAGAUGGUGCACUUGGUGAACAAGGAGUCGUCAGAGGCCACAGACCAGUUUAUGACAGCCGACGAGACGCGGAACCUGCAGAACGUGGACAUGAAGAUUGGGGUGUAACACCUACUCCAUGACCUUUGAAAGAAGCCACCGUCGGAGACCUAACCGUUACAGGGAGCUGGGACACUUCACAGAUGCAGUGUGCUACUGAUUGUUUCAUUGGGGAUCUUUUUUUAGCAUAAAAUUUUCUAUUCCUUUUUGGGGGGGGUGGGUGUGUAUCGGUGUGUGUGUGUCUGUGUCUGUGUGUGUGUGUGUGUGUGUCUGUGUGUCUGUGUGUUUUUAAAGUUAGGUCCAAUUUCUAAAAACAGCAUUGCUUUCUGAAAUGAGGGCCCUAUUAAUUAUUGGCACAAAUUUGACAGUUCCAGUUCCCACCCAGAAGCCUCUCACCUCCUGGGAUAUGGGCUGACAGCUUCUGGCAAAAGCUACAAACCCAUCUUCCUGACCCCAGCCUUCCCUCCACCCCACCUCCCAGGUGACAGCCUCCUGCUAAGGAUGUCCCCCAGGGCUAGGAGGGAUGGGUCCCUGGGAGGGAGCUUGAAUGGGUCCACACUGCCCUUCCAGCACCCAACCCCUGGGCAUUUCUCUCCCGUGGGGCCGGGAACGGGGGUGUACUGGUUACACAUCACCUGCUACAGAACCCCUGGAAAUUUUUCAAAUGCUUCUGGGAAAUACCCAAAGGGUGAAGCUAUUUAUCUGUAGUAAGCUAUUUAUCUGUGUUUUUGAAAUAUUAAACCCUGGAGGUCCUUUGAGGAUUAUGCCUUUGUUGAUACUUUGUCAGAGGCAUAAAGGGUUUACGCUGAUUCAUAAUAAACACCUGUACUUCUUCCA